GCACAACCUCCUCUGUCAUCUAACUCGCAACUGCAGUUUGUUUCCUGGCUGUGAUGCCGCCAAGUGUCGUCCUCUACUUCUGUGGACGUCUGACGGGCGUGAGGAAAGGGGGUCCAGUGGGAGUGAAGAGUUGACAAAAACAGCCGGAGGGGAGCCUGCAGGGUGACGCUGCCUCUUACUGGGAAAGUCUAACAAGACAUUUGUUGAUGCUUUCUCUCUCGUGUGUGUGUGUGUGUGUGUGUGUGUGUGUGUGUGUGUGUGUGUGUGGAUGAUGUCAGCAUUUUGAAGCUCCCUGGCUUUGCCAUGGCCUUGUUAUUGUCAUGCAUGAGAUGGCGGCCAUGUUGCCAGUGUAAUUAGCGCCUUGGGUCCCCCCCUUGCACCUGCUAACUCUCAGGUGACGUCCACACUCAGCAGGCCAACCUUAAAGCCUUCAUACUGUUGCACACGCUGCCGGAGCACAAGAGAAGCAGCGAGACCAGAGGCAUCAGGACACCAUGGCAGCAUCGGUGGCCGCUGAUAGAGACGUGCAGGACAUCCUGAGAGGACAUUGGACUCCCACCAUGAAGACCAGCAACAUGAUCCGUGUGUUCAUCAGCUCCGCCUUCACAGACAUGAGCGGCGAGAGGAGGGCUCUCCUGGAGAAAGCAUACCCACAAGUCCUCGCUUUUUGCCGCAGCAUGGGCUUGGCGUUUGAGGUGGUGGACCUGGGCUGGGGGAUUGGAAAGGUGACGUCGGGGGAGCACGACAUCUGUGAGCUCUCCCUGCGAGAGAUCUCCAUCAGCAAGAAGAAGUCUGCCGGUCCCGCCUUUGUGGCUCUGCUGGGGAACCGCUACGGCCAGCGACCACUUCCUGCUGGGAUCCUGCACAAACAGUUUGAGCUGCUUGUGUCGAAACUGGCUAACAAACCCGAUGCCGUUAGUCUUCUGACUAACUGGUACAUGAGGGACGACAACGCGGUCCCGCCCACCUACUUCCUGCAGCCGGUCACGACUCACUUCCUCCAGUACAGCGACCUCCAGCCUGAGCGUGCAGCGCGGUGUGAUGAGGAGGGGGCUUCUUGGCGUGUCAUUGAGGCGCGCUUGUUGCAGCACCUGCGAUUCGCUGCUGGCGAGGCUGAGGCCGCCGGCGACAUCACGGCGAAGGAGCGAAGCGUCUUCUUCACAUCGGUCACAGAGCAAGAGUUGGAGCACGGCUUGGAGAAGGACGCCGACGGCACCUCGGCCCUGCUCUUUAUCCGUGAGGUGCCCCGCUUGGCGAAGGGCGGGCCGAGACGUCUGGCCAGGUUCAUGGACGCCACGGGCGACGGGCUGUUGGAUGUGGAAGCACAGGGCCUCCUUGCCGGCCUCAAGUCCCGCCUCUACGCCUCGUGCAAGGACAUGGUGAACGUGCACUGGGUGGAGCUCAGCAGGGGGGCCAUCGAGCCCAGACGCAAGGAGCACGCUCAGUACCUGGACGCCAUCAGCCAGCAGUUUGUGUGUCAGAUGAAGGCCAGGGUCACGGCGGCACUACAAGUUGUGAAGGGGGGCGGGCCCAGGAAAGUUUGGGGAAGCACGGAAGACACCAAACAUGGGCGGCUGGCGGAAGAGGUCAGCCGCCAUCUUGCCUUGAGCGGCCAGUUGUGCCGCGGCCUCCACGGUAGGGAGGGGCUUCUGGCCAAGCUGUGCCUGGCCAUGUGGGAGGCCACCAAUGUCCGUCACGGGCCGCUGGUGGUGCACGGUGCCGCCGGGAUGGGUAAGACGGCGCUCUUAUGUAAGCUGGCGCAGGAGAUGCGCAGCGUGAUGGAGGCGCGGGCCACGCUGGUGGUCAGGUUGCUGGGUGCUCGCCAUCUCCAGAGAGAAGACAUCGACCGUCUCCUCCUCAGUGUCUGCCUCCAGAUCUGUCUGGCCUGUGCUCUGGCCCCGCCCACCUCGCUGAGCACGCACCAGGAAAUAGUCAGCUUCUUUCAAGAAGUUUUGCUCUCGGUUUCCCAACAGGGCGGCGUGCUGCUGGUGGUCUUGGAUGGCGUGGACCAACUGUGCGAGCGCCAUGGCGCCCUCUGCUGGCUGCCCCGAGAGCUGCCGCCCAACGUCCACCUUGUCAUCUCCAUGGACACCAACAGCGAGGCCUUCGUGGCCGCGCGCUUCAAGCUCAACUCUGUGGAACCUUUCUUCCAAGUGGACCGUCUGACGCGCGAAGACGGCCGACGCGUCAUGGAGUCGCAGCUCAGCGCGUGCCAGCGAACUUUGACCCCCGAGCAGGCCGGCGCCGCACUGCAGUGUUUCCACUCCACGGGGUGUCCCGUUCACCUCCGACUUAUUGUGUCUGCCGCUAAACGCUGGACGUCCUCCACCCCGCUGACGCGGCUUUGCUUGGGCGCCAACGCACAGGAAAUGAUGGCGGAGCUUUUCCUCAUGCUGGAAGAGAAACACGGCAGAGAGAUGGUGGGCGGGGCGUUGGGCUACAUCGCACUAGCCAGGGAAGGCCUACUGGAGGCGGAGCUACGUGACAUCAUGUCGCUGGACAAUGAUGUCAUCAGCGAGGUGUACAAGUUUUCCCUCCCCCAGACGCCCGCCCUGAUUCGGUUUCCCCCCAUGCUGUGGUCCCGCCUCCAAAGGGACCUGGAGGACCACCUGGAAGAGCGAUGGACGUGUGGCGUGGCCGCCAUCGCCUUCAGGGAGCGGCGUCUGUUGGAGGCGGUGUCAGCACGCUACCUGACCAUGGAGCGCAGGGGGCGGAGCUUGACCAUCAUGGCCGAGUACUUUCAGGGAGUGUGGUGUGGCAAACUGAAGCCGGUGGCUCUCCCGGGCCUGACGCUGCUGGUCGCCGACAGAAAGGUCCCGCCCCAGCCGCUGUGGUUUACUCCACAAUUAGCCAACGUCAGGAAGCUUCAGGAGUUGCCGUACCACCUGCUGCACGCCGGCCUGUGGGAGGAGCUACGUCGGGACGUCAUCGGCAGCGCCGAGUGGCUUUUCUGUAAGAGCGCCGUGAUGGGCGUGUCCAGUGUCAUCCAGGACUUGGACCAGUGCUCCCUCUACAUGGAUUGCACCGAGACCCGCCUCCUGCGGGACGCUCUGGUCCUCAUGGAGCCCGGUCUGGACUUCCUGGGCGGUCACGUGGGGGCGUCGCACUUGUACACGGAGCUGCUGGCGCGACUGCGGCACUUAGCCACGCCCUUCCCUUCGCUGAUUGGCCGACUGUGCAGCCAGUGUGAGGAGUGCCUGCUGACGUCUUCCGAGCCCGUCCUCAUCCCCAAGUGCAGCUUCCUGCCGCCGCCAGGGGGGGCGCUGCAGCACACGCUGGCGGGCCUGCGAGGAGGUGUGGUCUGCGUGGACCUCAGCGUGGAGGCGGAGCUUCUAGUCGCCGGUUCAGACGAAGGCGCGGUGGCGGUCUGGAGCCUCGCUGAUGGACAUCUUGAACGCACUCUGAGCGCGCACACGGCGGCCAUCUUGUCACUGAAGCUGAUCCAAAGCCCCGCCCACUGCCUCUCAUUGGGUGCUGAUGGCUCUUUGAAGAGGUGGAGCCUGACAAGCGGCCAACAAUUGCUCUGCGUUCAAGAGGCGUGGCCUGUAGACCACACCCCCUCACCAGUCCACUUGCACCUGUGUGGUCAGCUGAUCUUCGCCUACAACAGGACGCAUGUGUCCAUGUUGACGUCAGACGGCGUGCCCACGCUCCCGCUCGCCGCCCAUGAAGGCUCGCUGUGUCUGGGAAUUCUGGAGGAUUCCGUGAUGGUCCUGUCCCAGUCGGGCCAGGUGAGAAUAUUGGGGCCUGGAGGCGGGGCUUCAGGUGUGGCCAUCCAGCUGGAAGAGUGGGGGCGGACUUUGACGGCUGUCAACAGCGUCACACUCCCCGAGCGAGGACAAGUCUUCCUGCUUUCCUCUCAAGGCUUUCUCUACCAGAUCUCCAGGUCGGGGAAGCACUCGCGUGUCCACUUUCCUCUUCGGCCAUCUUUGUUUUCUGUCACUGCUGAUGAGAAAAUCCUCUUAGCGGGAAGUGAUGUCACCUUGAGCCUCUUCAACAUCCACAUUGACUCCAUCCAUAGUUUUCUCCAACUCAAACAUGACGCCGACGUCCUGUGUGCUCGCGUCUCGUCCGACGCACGACUCAUCGCCACCGGCGCCGUCGACCAGCUCAUACGAGUGUGGUCGCUGACCACCGGAGCCUUGCUGGACGUUUUUUGCGGUUCCGAGGCUCCGAUCACGCGUGUCCUUUUCUACGAGCGCUUCCUUGUGUCCACGUGUGCAGCUGCCUCCUGCCUGCACGUGUGGGCUGUCAAUCACCACAAGCCUCCCGCCCACAUCCCCGCAGGCUCCGCCCACGUGGCCGUCACUAAAGACGCAGAGCAGGUGUUUUACGUGAGCGGCCAUCGACCCUCGCAAGUGGUGAGCUGGAACAACAACACAGGCAAAGCGUCGGGUCACCUGGCGCUGUCGGCGGCGGUGAGCUGCCUGGCGUUGGCGCAGCACAAGCGCCUCCUGCUGGUUGGCCUGAGCAGCGGCGCCGUGCUCAUUUAUCCUUUGGACCUCCCCGAGGAGACGCUGGCCAUCCCGCCCCCGGAGAGCCUGCGCGGCGUGCUGCAGGUGGCGCUGAGCGUGCAGGAGACACGUGCGGUGGUGGCGUACGAGGACUCGCUGUGCGUCUUCCACAUCACCACCAGGGAGCGCUACCCCUCGUUGGAGGGCCCCCUGGAGCGCGUGCAGCUGUCGGCGCAGGACGGCACGCUCAGCGCCGUGGCGCUGCUGUCGGACCGCCGCCUGCUCUACGGGACGGAGUGUGGCGGCGUGACGCUCUAUGAUGGCGCCCGGGGCGGCGCCACCACCACUUUGGAGCGACACCGCAGCAACAUCACCUGUUUGACGCCCAGCAACUGGGGCACGCACUUCCUGGUGGGCUCCCAGGACGCCGUGCAACAACUGUGGAGCCUCAAGCCGCUCGCUGUCAAGCACGUCAUGGAGUACAAGGGUGUGUCUUCGGAGGGCGUGGCGUGCGCCGCCUUCUCGGAGAGCGACCAGGUGGUCUUCACGGGAUCACGGGACAAAACCAUCAAGGUUUGGGACGUGACCUCAGGGAACCUCCUGCUGGUCCAGUCCGUGGAGUCCGCCGUGGUCGCCAUGGUGACCUUCCGGAACGGCUUUGUGGCGCUGGCGCAGCGCGGCGUGGUCAUCCAGGAAGUGUUCCGCAGUCCCCAGUGCGUGGCGCCCGAUUACAACCCGCUGAGGACGGUCAAGGCUCGGUACCGCGUCACCUCCACCCACCAGGGCGGCGCCGGGCAGCGGGGAGGCGUGUCCCACCCGCAGGACUUUAACCCCGCCCAUUUCACCCUCGACUGCAAAGCUCCGCCCUCACCCACCUGUGUCCUCCUCUGAAGGUGCAAGUAAAGUGCUGAGGGGUGGAGUCAGGUGGGGUUAGCAUGCUAGCAUGUUUGAGUUUAUACAUUUAUUUACAUUUUUUACCUCUUUUCUUUUUAUUUUUAUUUCAAUAUUUCUUGAACAGCAAACAUAAAUCCACCAUGUACACAACAGUCAAGGAAAACAACAAACAUACAUCCACCAUGUACACAACAGUCAAGGAAAACAACAAACAUACAUCCACCAUGUACACAACAGUCAAGGAAAACAACAAACAUACAUCCACCAUGUACACAACAG